AUGUCUUCCACCCUUUCGUUCCUCGACCAGUUCAAUGCCCCCUCGACCGAGGGCGGAAAGAGGAUCUCAAUCUACACCCCUAAGCACACCCAUGUCGGUGACAGCGCUUUGCUGACGCUACUCCUCAGUAACCCCACUGACGUCUUCAAUAAACUCAAAACCCACAACCCCGAGGCAACCAAUGCCACUGACCGCGCUGCACUAGAAGCGUAUCUCUCCGCCCACUGUGACUAUGACGAGGCUGUCAAGGCAGCCAACGAGGCCAUCGACCACCACAAGCGGCUCCUACGCCAACAGGACGACCGCAUCCUCACCGAGCUCAUCCGGCUCGACAAUUUGAAAGUUGCCCAUCGCUUUCAACCGCUCCUACCGCGCAACCUCCGGGCGCGACACAACAAAUUCAUCCCACGCGCCAUCCCCAAUGUGUACCUACCCCUACCCGCACCCCUACCGACGUCUGCCUUCAGGCGCCCCCGAUCCCAUCCCCUUUUCUCCAAGCAACGCCGCGGAGCACUACCAUCCCGGCUGACUGGCAACCCAACCCUGGUUGGACCCCAAAGGGAAGCUGUAGGCGAUGCGGAUCGUCUCGACACUGGGUACGGGACUGUCUGGACGUACGAUGCGCAGGAUGCGGAAAAGAAGCCCCUGGACACCUGGAGCGGGAAACCUGCGCGACGCGUGGGGGUGGUCGUCGACAACGUGUUCCUCGAAGGAAUCAUCAACGAGGCGAAGGAGAGGAAGGAAAAAGAAAGACAGACGAAAGCGGUACCUAUUCCUCCACCAUGCAGCGCUAACCCCGAACCCCCGACCAGUCCCAUCGCGGGACCUUCGCACCCCCGCCCCGAUACACCUGUCGUCUUUCGCAAAGUCGACCCCGACUGGACACCCGACGUCACUCAAUGGACAUGGGACAGCUCCUGGCCGAAUCAGAAGCACCUCUCUGGCGAGGAAUGGUCGAACGUAGGGAGGAACGCGCGCAAGGAGUGGUUCGAUGAAAAGGAGGACAAUAGCGUAGAUUGGGAGUUGUAUGGAGAUGGUGAGCAGUAA